UUGAAGAUGGCGAUAGCUACGGUAUCAGUGCUCGACACCGAUAGCUGCUCCGUUUACUAAUCGAUCAUUCCGGGUGUCGGGAGUCCGUGCAAAGUACAUGCAAGUUGGUGUGCCUAUUCGAGAGGACGCAUACUUCACAAGGACACUUGUGUUUUAGCACAAGAUGUUAGUUGGGAUUGUGUCGUGAAAAAUGUUGAGGACCAACAACAGCAACUCAUCGGAACGAAACACCGUUUGAGACGUCCAACGAUACCUUCUCCGCUUCGUUGCUGCACCGCUUCAAGUGGUUACGAUUAUGAUGAGAUAACAAACGCAGAAUGAAAUACAGUGGCAGUAACCUUCUUGGUUAUGCAGUUUACGCAUUUAUUCUAUUUUUUAACGUUAUUCAUGCAGAAAGUGGUGUCACCUGCAAAGAUCAACAAGGACGAAUCUAUGAAAAUACUUUUAUAUACAUUCCUGGCCCAGAACCCUGUACAUUAUGUGUAUGUGAUAAUGGAAAUCCAAAGUGGUGUAGAGCACUUGUUUGCAAGUAUGCAGAGGAAUAUUGUAAAUCUACCCGGCAUAUCUGUUGCCAAUAUAUUUGUUUGGACGAUACAGUGUUAUCUAUACCGAAUGACAAAUCUGAUGGGAUUGGUAGCAACGCAAACGAUGCUGCCACAAAUUACGAUAUAGGACUACGAUCUGUUGCUAGUUUUGUGACAGCUGUAUUGUCGUUGAGUCUGUUAUUUUUUUUAAUACACCGUUUGCGCCAAAGAAAGAUACGAGUUUGCGUGGCAGGAAGACAGAACAGACAGUUAGCAGAGGACCAAAGAAACUUAGGUAGUAUGGGAUAUUUAGAACGAGAUGGAUUGUCGCAUGGUGUUCCAAUGGAUGACAUCCCAUGUGGAGCUAGUUAUCCAUUGUGGAAACCACCGAAUAAUUACUUUCCUCGUGGCGAGGCUCCACCACCUUAUGAAGAAGCAGUAGCAGCAGCGAGAGCGGAACAAGCUCUUUUAUCCAUGAAUCCACAAACGCUUCCGCAAUUAAAUUUUCCAAACACCUAUUUGCCAAAUACCAAUAGUCGUACAAGUAUAUCGUUAGUAGGAAGCACCCAAAGUGGUAUAAAUCGCAAUUCGUCAACGUUAAUUUGCGACGGCGGCAUAACGGAUCAAAGUGGCUUAAUCUCAACGCCAAGUAGACCAAUAUCGAAUCCAAACAUAUACGCUAGCUAUCGGCAGUCGAAUCAAAACGAAACGUUAUCUCCGAGUGUUAGUGUAGGAACUUCUACGACGAGUUUCACAAUGGGAACAAGUACUUACGAAAAUUUACCUACUCCCAUUGGAAUUCCGAACUUCGUUAAUCAGCGUCCUGAUGUAACUGCACAACCUUUAUCCAACUUCACCCAACAACAAUCUUCUAUUCCGAAAGGUUAUCAAACGCAUACUACCCUUCCUCGACAAACUGGAGCAUUUACAAUAUCCGCAACCUUACCAAAUUCUAAUGUGACUGCUCAUCGUACAAUUCCUAGGACUUUGACAACUCGUACCGGUGCAAAGUUACAAGAUAUUAUUAUAAAUGAUUGCACUCAGAAAGAAUUUUUACGAUCUACGAUAACAACUGAUAUUACUACAUCGAACAUACCACAUUCUUCGCAACAAAAUGCUGUAACUAAAUUAGAAAAUUCAAGGGAAAAUACAAAUCCAGAAACAUUUCGCGAAGAUGUACAAAUACAGCCUUCUUCUGCUUCUUCCUCAGGAUUGCAACAAAUCGAAAGACAACCAUUGGAUCCUAAAAUGGAACUAAAAUCUCAUGAUUUUAAGCCACCAUUAAAUAUAGCUAAUGGAAUUAAUGAAGAAGGAAGUUUUGAAUCGGUAGCAUGCACUUGUAGCAUGCAAGCUCUUUCUACUCUACACGACGAUACAGAUGAUUACAGAAGCGAAUGUGAAAAUUGUAAAAGCGCGACAGGUUCUCGUUAUUACUUAGAUAACGAAGAUGAAUUAAUUACGUCUCCGCACGAAACUAUGACGUUACAUAGAAGACCAGAUGAAACAGCAUCAAAUGUUACUCCUCAGUAUUAUAGAACUUCACUCACACUGCCUAUAAGUACCCGUCAACGAACAAGGAGCACUGGCAUUCGUGAAAAUUGGUUCAACCCAAUGCCUCAAAGUUCCACAGAAUCCUCGGAUGAAAAUUGAUUGCAGUUAUGUGUUUCCUGUGCAUCGUAUAACUAUUAAAAUGAUUUAUAUUACACUACCAUUGAUCAAAAUUCAAUAUUGAGGAAGACGAACAAUGUUCAUAUUUUAUUGCGUUGCAGACAAUGUUAUAUUGUCGGUAAAUAGUAUUACAUUGCCAAAUUUCAGAGUUACGGUGAAACUUUUUCUAUCUUGUUCACUGUAUAUAAACUAUUCACACACAUACUCAAACUAUGUACGACCUAUGGAAGAAAUGAGACACACUUUUGCUCUCACGGUUUUUCUUUACAUGUUAUUAAACUUUGAGAGCAAAGUUUAGAUAAUAUAUUUAUUGCAUAGCAACUUACAAUUCCGAUAUGUUUAAGUACGUAACUACUCAAAGUAUUUUUAACUAUGUUCCAUGCAUAUCAUUUGUUAAAGAUUCAUCAACAGAAUUGAAAAUUGAAUUUUUAUCGUUUUAUUACAGUUUACCCUUAUUGUUUUGUCAUGAACAGUACGAUAUAUAUACUUCGAGAAACUGGAUAACGCAAUAAAAUAUAAAGAACAGAUUAGUUCAUAUUAUACUCAUUGUUACAUAUACACUUUUUUUAUUUGUUUACCAAUUGUUAAUUUCGAUACCUAUUUACAAUAAUUUCAAUACUAAUUAUUCAAUAAUGUGAGAGAAAAGUGAGUAUAAAAUAGGAUACGAAGGUUGCAGGUAAGUCAAUGACAAUUUGAUAACUUAUUCGAAUAUUAUUACACUGUUAUAUCAUUAUUUUUGUAUUAUUGUUAAUUUCUACAUCUCAUUAUUAUAAUAACUUUUUUAUGAAAAUCUUGGUGCGGAAACCUUUAUUUAAUUAUGAUAUUUAAACACAAUAUUCUAGCUCAAUUGAGAAUAUUUUCAUAUAAAUUUUCUUUCCAUACUCUGGUAUUGUGACGAAAAUGGGCAAAAGUAAAUCUAUUAGAUAACGUGCAGUGCACAAGUGUGUGUGUAUAUAUAUAUAUAUAUACCUAUAUGUAUAUAUAUAUAUGUAUAUGUAUAUGUUUUGAAGUCUUUUAAGAAUACAUAUCAAUAUUGAGUACAACCUCCAAGUUAUAUAAAAAUUACAUAAAUAUAUUCAUUUUAGUUAAUUUGUCAACACAUUUGUUAAUUUUUGCCGUUCAUUUAGCAUGAAACAUAAGUGUACAAUAUGUUGAAUAAUAGAAUAAUUGUUUUACGAUUUGUAUAUACAUAUGCUUGAAACAGAUCUAUUGGUUCAAAUAGCCUAAAUCAGCCUUAGUACAUGUAUGUUAUGCUUCUUCCACUUAUCGCGUGAAUGUUGACUAUUAUGUUCUAUUAUAUUUCGGUGUUAUGUAUGCGAGCGUUCGUGCAUUUGUGUGUUACGCGCAUACAAGAUAUAAUAUUCGUCUUAAAACUCUUAAAUUGGCACUCGGGAAAAUGUCUUAUUUCGUAUGUAGGACGUUCUUUUUAUGAUCUUUUUUUUCUUUUUUCUUCUCGUGAUUUUUAAUGGAAAGUAUGAUUGUAGUUACCCAAAUUUUACAUUCAAACAAUCGACUCACAUGAGAUAUGGUGAAAAUUUCUAACGGCUAAGUUUAACAUUUUGGUAUAAGGAUAAACGUUUUUAAGUCUAUACAAUUAUACUCUAUGUAAAGUGGGAAGAAAGAUUUUUCUUAUUGGGGAUUAUUUGUAACAACAGACUUUAUAUGAUCCACACAUGAGUGAAAUACUCAUUGUCUCUAAUCGGUGAUUAAUGAUUUUUGACAUAUGAAACGAAAUAUGAAAUGGUCCCCUAAAGCAUGCAAUAUUUAGUAAUUAUAAUAUAUUUUAGUUUAUGGAUAGAAUUUAAGAAUCAGACUGAUCAUAUUUAAUGAUAUACAAAUAUUUCUAUUUGAAUCAAGUCGGAGAUGUAUUUCACUAAUCAUAUAUAUCUCACUAAAAUUCCUUUCCUAAUGUAAGACAUUUUUUUAUAUUAUUACAAAUAUUCUAUAAAUUAGUAAGGUCUAGGAUGACUAAUUAUCGAUAAUAUGUUAACAAAAAUUAAUAAGUAUUUUAUUAUCAUUACGACAUUAUUAAUCUCAGCGUCAUUUUAAUCCGUCGUACUUUUAUGUUAUUUCGUAUUUUUGUUAUAUUUGUGAAAUACUUUAAUCAAUCAGUUAGUUAAUCAAUUGUAAGAAUUGAAAAAUACAAUUAUUUAUUAGUUGUAAUUAUUUUCACAAAUAUUUGUGUGGUCAUAAAUAUUUGUUAUUUCAUGCAAAAGUAUAUGUUAAUUAUCUAAUUAUUGUUUAUAUAUUCAAAAGUGUAUAGAAAUGUAAAAGUAAUAAGUUGCAAAAAUUAAUUAACAAUUGCUGUUACUAAUUUCCUUUGAUAAUUAAAUUUCUGCAUACAUUUACCACUUUACGUUAAUCAAACGUGCACAGAGAGUACGUUUUGCAGUUCUGCUGCGGUUAAGGAUGUAAAUAAGAGGUGUGUGAUUAAUUGAGAGAAUAUUGGAUAAGUUCGGGCGGGCGAACGUAACAGUGACAAAACAUUGCCUCAAUAAUUACUUUUAAAAUUACUCGUAAGAUACCAAUGUUAUUUUAUGUGAUGCAGCGUAAUAUGUAAACUCUGUGCGGAAUUGUAUAAUUUUCAUAAUAUACAUAGGAAGUGAUAUUAACAUUUCAUAAAGUUAUUUCUUUGAAAUAACAAAGCGCUAUAUGUUUUUUUUUUUUUUUUUUUUUUUUUUUUUUUUUUUUAGUGAAUUUUGGUAUGAUUUUGCCAUUAUAUUUUCAUUACUCAUAAUUAGAAACUAAGUGUACAGUCUAUUAUGAUAUAGCGCAUAAACUAUUGUUGGAACGGUAUAAUGUAUCAAAAAUGAUGAGAUAUUUUGAUUCUUACCAAGACCUUAAUUAAUAAAUUAGUAAAUUAAUUAUUUGGCAAACAUUUACGACCAAUGAGCAAAACUGGACAUGUUAACAUCUAUGAAUGAUUAAAAGUACUACGUCGCUAGUUUAUUAAUUAAUAAAAAUGUUAUGUGCACGUAGAAGGUGAAAAUUGUGCUUAAUAUUAGCAAAACAAAAUUUAAUACCUUACAGGUAUUAUUACGUAUUAGUUAUAGCUAUAUAGGCAUAUAGCAUUCAACGCCUAAAUAAACCAAAUCAAUUAUUGAGGCAAUUUUUUAUUAUAAUUACAUUCGUCUGAUAGAACAAUGCCACCAUUUCUCUUGUUGGUUACCAUUUAAUGUGUUCAGCCCUAGUGAAGAUAUUUAAGCUGCUUAUAUCCCUUAAUGAAUCAGCGAUUUCUUCGUUAUGAAUUUCGUAAUUUGAGUGAAUUCUAUGUAUAAGAUCGAAACAUCGACAAAAUAAAAAUUAUUUCUGUAAUAGUUAAUUUAUGAUAUUCGUAAUGCUUAUUUCCAACGUAAACUUCCAAAACUUGGUUAAUUCUAUUAAUAUAAGAGAAGAAAUAGAUCUGUUUAAAGUGUUCGUUGUUUAGAUUUCUGCAAGUAACGUUAACGUGCGUGAACAUUUGCGUAAAACUCAGGAUAUGAAAGAGAUCGUGGAAUAUAUGAAAAAUAGCUAAGAAAACAUUGGUAACCAUAAAAGAAAAGAAAAGAAAAGAAAAGAAAAGAAAAAUUUUUAUAACAUAAUCUUCUAUUGCGUCUAUCGUAAUGCCAAGAAUUUCAAACUAUGGUACAUACCGUGACUUUAUAAUUACACAAUGAUUCUGCGUUCAGCUAUAUUCUACAAUACAUAUGUAUGUAUGUACAUGCUUACAUAUGUAGAUAUGUAUAUAUCGGCGAGGUACAAUAUGCAGCAAGUCUGAUUUAUCUAGAAUAUCUUUGAUUCGAUGAUAAUUAUUUUAAGUCUAUUUUAAUAUUAGUUAUAGACAUUUUCUUAUCAUUUGUGUAAUACUAAAAUACUGUAUACCAAAAUAUUAUAAACUGCAAUGUUCUGUCGUUUUUUAAAUUCGAAAUUCUAAGUAAUCCUUUAAAUGUUUCCACAUUUGAUUUUCAUUUGAAACAUCGAAUAUUAUUCGAUGUAACAUUGUGAUUCAAGUUUUGAUGACAAUCUUCUUCGGAAUAGUAUCUAUUUGUUUCAAUUAAAAUACAUACAUAAGUAUAUGAAUCGAAAUACUGGACUCUAUAUAGAUAUCCACACGAAGAAAAGUUUAAAAUACAUAUGUAUACAUGCAUUUCGUUUGUGAAAUUGAUAAUGCGUUUAUAAUUAUUAAAAUCUAUAAUAAUUAUUAUUGAAUUGUUAAGUAUUAUGAAUCAAACUUCCCAUUGUAAUCAUUUUUCGGAAAUGUGAUAUUAUAUAUAUGUAAUAUCAAUAGAUAGAAUUCGAGUUUCAAGAUAUUCAAAGUUAUUGAAAGGUCACAGGAAAACGACAGUGAUGUUUAUAUAUAUAUAUAUAUAUGUAUGUAUGUAUAUAUAUAUAUAUAUAUAUAUAUAUAUCUCGAAUUAUUACAUAUUGCAUAUACCUGCAUAUACUAAGUUACGAAUUAUCUUUUUAUUAAGUUACAGUUAUAACUACAUACCGAGACAGAGGAAAAAAAAAGGAAAGGAAGGUAGAGUAUAACAUGAUUACGUGGAAAUGUAACGUUUCAUAUCAAUUAUUUGAUAUAAUUUGAAGGAGAAUGUACCGAAUCCGUUUCUUUAUCGUUUUCGUCUUCUUUUUCAAGAAAAGGGAGUUAUUAAUUUCGGUAUAUGUAGGCAUAUUCGGUAUAUAGGCGAAUAUUAGGCUCGAUGGAAACAUAAGUACAUACAUAUGUAUAUGUAUAACUGAGAGAUCGUAGUAAUAGGAAGCAGUUCUAAAACCAACUUCACGAAUAAAAUUACAUUUAAAGGGAAUCGAAGCAUACAUGAAACCAGUGAAACGAAAGCUAUAUGCGAUUACUGCAUAUACGUAUUCCCAUCUAUAAGCAGACUCUGUGAAAAUCGAAAUCUCUUCUUAUGAUAAUCGACGUAUUUCGUGUGUUCAUUAAACUUGACUGUAUUGCAUUUUUGAAAGAAAUGUGUUCAUUAUGUAUAAUAAAUCCCUUUCUACAUGUAUACAGUCGUUCGACGAGAAAGGGUACAAGCGGGUACUUAAAGUGAAUUUGACAAAAAAAAAAAAAAAAAAAAAAAAAAAAAAAAAAAAAAAAAAAAAGAAGAAGAACGUUCAAGACUCUUGUAGUUCAAACGGUACAAAAAUUUGAAUUAUUUAAUUGUUCGUCUAGUGAUCUAAAAUAUUGUAAUAUAUUUAUCUGAGUAGGUUUAGAAUGAAAUCUUUAUCGCGCUUACUUGUGUAAGUGAAGCAUUAUAAAUUGAUAUAAGUUGUAUUAGAACAUUGUGUGUCAGUAGACUAUCGUUUGAUUGUAAUAAAUCAGUACUUUACAUAA